AUAUUAGAUAAUGUGUGCAGAGAAAAUGGAUACGUUCAAUUCUACGACUUGCAAGACAGCUAAUUUGGUAAUGGUAAACAAGUGCAAAAAGAAUAACAACAGUUUUUUUUUAUUUUUUCAAUAUUCUUUGAAUGUUUUAAUGGAAAAAUCAAUUUUUCGUUUAAUUUUAAUCUAAUGGUAAAUCGAGUUCUUUGUGUACACUUUUGAUCGUGACUCUUUGCAUAUUGGCAACUGCGCCAAUGACCGUUUGUGCAGCGUCUUUAACUUCGUUGUAUUUGUGCGUUAGUUCUCUGAUUUCGGUUUUCAUUUCGUUUUCGCUUGGAAUUUUGGCCAUUUGUUCCACUAAUUUUUUAUGUUCGGCCAUCAAAUCCGCUAUAUUCUCUGGUUUUUGGUCCAUUAUGAAGGCAAUCCCAUUACGUUUCGUACCGUACCAGUCACUCUGCAUGUGUAUGUUGAACAUCUAGCUUUCAAGUAAAUCAUCUGUCAAACUGAUGCCAUACUCACCACACUCACAUUUUCACCAUCGCACAUUUCUCAUUUGGUGUAACCUGUGAUUGAACUUUUUAAUUGGUUUGCCAGUGUAUCUCUGACAUUUUCAGUCUGGAACAUAUACAUAUUAUUUGUUCAUUAAUUUAUUCGUGCAAAUUGAAAGGAAAUCAACAAAAGUGUUUCAAAUAUGUCAGCCCAUAAGCAACGUUACAAGAAUGUUGGUCUUGAUUCCAGCGAGAUGCGACGUCGUCGCGAAGAAGAGGGUAUCCAAUUGCGCAAGCAAAAACGUGAACAGCAGCUCAUCAAACGCCGAAAUGUGGACAAUUUUCAGGCCAUGGACAAUGAAUUAGAGAACACAAUUACGGACAUAACCGUGGAACAUGCAAACUUAGCGAUAAUCAGCCGUGAAAUGAUUACGGAUUUGUAUAGUACGUCAGAAGAGGAUCAACUGAGGGCAAUACAAAAGUUUCGCAAGCUGUUAUCACGAGACCCCAAUCCGCCAAUCGAUGACGUCAUUCAAGCUGGCAUCGUUCCUCGUUUCGUUGAAUUUCUGAAAAACAACAAUAACACCACAUUGCAGUUUGAGGCAGCCUGGGCACUCACCAAUAUUGCGUCAGGCACAUCACAGCAAACGAGAAUGGUAAUCGAAGCGGGUGCCGUUCCUGUGUUCAUUGGGCUUUUAUCUAAUCCAGUCGAUGAUGUGCAAGAGCAAGCGGUAUGGGCACUGGGAAACAUUGCCGGAGACUCAUCGGAAUGCAGAGAUUAUGUGCUAGACUAUGGCGUUAUGCAGCCACUAUUAAACGUUUUAAGUACCGUCAACCGUAUUCCAAUGAUUCGAAAUGCCGUUUGGACAUUAUCAAAUUUGUGCCGUGGAAAGGAUCCGCCCGCCGAUUUUUCGAAAGUUGUUCGUGGUUUGCCUGUACUUGCCCGACUUCUCUUCCACACCGAUAUCGAUGUGCUGAGUGAUACAUGCUGGGCAAUCAGCUAUUUGUCCGACGGACCAAACGACAAAAUUCAGGCAGUCAUUGAUGCUGGCGUUUGCCGUCGACUUGUUGAACUAUUGUUACACGAUUCACAUAGCAUAGUUAAGGCGGCCCUUCGUGCGGUCGGAAACAUUGUAACCGGAGAUGAUGUUCAGACUCAGGUGAUUUUGAACUCGGGCGCAUUGCCACACAUUUUACACUUAUUGUCAUCGGAAAAGGAGUCAAUUCGAAAAGAGGCAUCGUGGACAAUAUCGAACAUAACCGCAGGGAAUCGUCAGCAAAUUCAGGCCGUCAUCGAUGCACAAAUAUUUCCAGUGCUGAUUCAUAUACUGAAAAACGAUGAGUUUAAAACUCGCAAAGAGGCUGCAUGGUCGAUUACCAAUGCCACGAGUAGCGGAACAGCCGAACAAAUCAAAUAUUUGGUUGAUGCCGGAUGUAUACCACCAAUGUGCGAACUGUUAACUGUUGUCGAUUCGCAAAUCAUUCAAGUGGCAUUGAAUGGCUUAGAGAAUAUUCUAAAGGCUGGUGAUCUGGAUAAAACGAAACCAAAUCCAUAUGCCGUUUUGAUUGAAGAAUGUUAUGGACUGGACAAAAUCGAAUUUCUACAGUCGCAUAAUAUUCGCGAUAUUUACCAGAAAGCAUUUUGCAUAAUUGAACAGUACUUCAGCAGCGAGGAAGAGGAAGAUGUGCGAGUCGCACCAUCGGCCAAUAACAAUCAGUACCAGUUCAACGCAGAUCAAUCGGUUCCAAUGGGUGGAUUCCAAUUCUAAGCCAGCAUCAACAGCGAAAAAAAAUUCAACAUCACGAAUAUGUCAUCGUAUUUGUGCGAAAAUAUCAAUUGACAUAGCAUUAACAAGCGAACGAAUACCCCAAAUAAAGAAAAUAUGUAAAACACACACGAAACCAACAAAACAAACAUACAAAAAAAAAACGUUAACGAUUUAAAUGAAUUUCAUUGUAAAAGUAAAAUGAAGUAACACAUGAAGGAAGAACAAUGUAAUGUAAAUUAUUCACUGUCGAACUUUGUUCUACUUUUAAAAACAAAUCGCAAACAAAACAACAGGAAAAAUGCCAGAGAAGAAAAAAAAACACUCACACACCCAGACAACAAACGGUUUUCACGAAGAAAAUAAUAAUAAUAAUAAUACUGAAGAAUAUUGAUAUUUUUUUUAAAUUAAGAAUUUAACAUAAAUGACCACAUAGACGUUUAUUACAACAUUUUUUUUGGUUACAUUUUGUAACUUGGGUUUUGAUAAAUCUCUUCGCAUGUUAACUGUCAACCAAUAAACCAAAAUGGAAUUUAUGUUUUUGAAAAAAACAUUAAUCAAAAGAACAACAACAAGAAAAAAAACCGUGGAAACAUUUUGUUUCGAAAACCAAAACCGAUUAAUUGUUUUUAACAACAACAACCAGAAUAUUUUGUAUGAAUGGGAGAAUGAAACGUGUGUAGCCGAACUACUGAUUCUUUCAAAAUUGUGUGGAGAUACAUGGAGAAAAUGAGAAAAAAAACAAGCUGUGAACUAAUUUUUUUUUAUAACGAUAUAAAUAAUUUCUUUUUAUUUAUUUGCUUCUUAUUAUGGUUUUGUUUUAGAACAAUGUAAAACAAAAAAUACAAACACGAAUAAAUUCAAAUCAAUUUAUGAAUGAAUCUGA